AACUUCAAUUCUCAGAUUGCCUGUCGUUAGCAUCUCGCUGUCCGAUCAUGGGUGAAGUCCAGGUUCUCAAAGAUGUAGCUACACGCCUUAGAAUAAACUCAGUAAAAGCCACUGAAGCAGCAGGAUCUGGACAUCCUACUUCAUGUGCAUCACUGGCUGAAAUAAUGUCUGUACUUUUCCUGAAGGAAAUGCGCUACAAGCCAGAAUCACCUAAAAAUCCAUCAAAUGAUAGAUUUGUAUUAUCUAAAGUAGGCAACUUUUCCUAGGAGAUUCACUGUAGGGCCAUGCCGCUCCAAUACUUUACGCAGCAUGGGCUCAGGUCGGGUUGUUUCCUGAGUCAGAAUUGCUUAAUCUACGCAAGAUAGAUUCAGACUUAGAAGGUCAUCCCACUCCGCGCCUGUCUUUUGUUGAUGUUUCAACUGGUUCUCUUGGUCAAGGUGUCAGCAAUGCUGCUGGGAUGGCGUACGUCGGGAAAUAUAUUGACAAAGCAAGUUAUAGGGUAUACUGCGUGGUUGGAGAUGGGGAAUCUGCUGAAGGGAGUGUUUGGGAAGCAAUAGCCUUCUCAUCAUAUUACAAACUGGAUAAUCUUGUUAUAAUAUUUGAUGUUAAUCGCCUUGGACAAAGUCAGCCGACACAACUGCAGCACCAUUUAGAAACUUAUCGACUAAGAACUGAAGCAUUUGGGUGUCAUUCUAUAGUGGUAGAUGGUCAUAACAUUGAGGAGUUACUUAAAGCACUUUCAUGUGCUCGUACGGUCAAAAAUAAACCUGUUGCUUUAAUUUGUAAAACGUACAAAGGUCAAGAUUUCCCUGGUAUUGCUGAUCAGGAGAAUUGGCAUGGUAAACCUCUUGGAAGUAAGGCGAAGGAAGUACUGGAUUACCUCAAUGCUCAAAUAAGCAACACUUCAGUUGGUAGUUAUCCUCUACCUUCAAAACCGCUGGAUGAUUGCAGUGAACUAAAAUUAAUGGGUACUAUCAAGCUCCCGUCCGCCCCACAAUAUAAAAUAGGAGAUAUGGUGGCUACUCGACUCGCCUAUGGCACAGCUCUCUCUCGUAUUGGUCAAACUUGUGACCGAGUUAUUGGUCUCGAUGGUGAUACUAAGAAUUCAACUUUUAGUAUUAAACUUAGAGAUGUUAAACCAGAUCAAUUUGUCGAGUGUUUCAUCGCAGAGCAAAACUUAGUUGGUGUGGCUAUUGGUUGCGCUGCACGUGGGCGAACCGUUCCAUUUGUCAGUACUUUUGCCGCCUUUCUCACUCGGUCUUUCGACCAAAUACGUAUGGGUGCAAUUUCUCAGACCAACUGUAAUUUCGCUGGUUCACAUGUCGGAGUCAGCAUUGGUGAAGAUGGACCAAGUCAAAUGGCUUUAGAAGAUAUGGCUAUGUUUCGUUCUGUCAUUGGCUCCACAGUAUUUUAUCCAUCAGAUGCUGUGUCGACCGAACGAGCUGUUGAAUUGGCAGCUAACACCGUGGGGAUCUGUUAUAUACGAACUGGACGCCCUAAUCAACCUGUAAUUUAUUCUCCCGAGGAAUGCUUUUGUAUUGGUAAAGGAAAAGUUGUUCGCACUGCAGGACCUACUGGUGACCAUUUAACUGUAGUUGGUGGUGGUAUUACACUAACUGAAGCCUUAAAAGCAGCCAAUAUUCUUGCAACUGAAAAUAUUAAUAUUCGUGUAAUUGAUCCAUUCACUAUUAAGCCAAUAGAUGCAGAAUUACUCGCAAAGGCUGUCAAAGAAACAUGUAACAAAGUACUGACAGUAGAAGACCAUGCACCUGAAGGAGGUAUAGGAGAUGCAGUUAGUGCAGCUCUCUCACAAUGUGGCGUAGAUCAUACUGUUCAGAGAUUAGCUAUCAGAGAAGUGCCGCGUUCUGGGAAACCAGAAGAACUACUAGCCAAAUAUGGUGUAGAUGCAAAUGCUAUUGUUCUUGCUGUAAAAGCAUUACUUGGCAAAUGAUAAAUGCUGCAUGGUGUUAUCUUCCGUUUCAAUAAUUAUUGUGAUUCAAUAUUAGGUCAAUGUUAAUUAAUUCAAUUUUAAUUACGAAAUUCUAAUCAAUAAUUUUUCACUUCAUAACGACUAAUAUUAUUAUUGAACUUUCAGUACACAUUUGUUGUACCAUGUGGAUUUUUGAAUUAUUCUAUUUGUUGUCUGUGAUAUAAACAUUUUUAGGUUACACGAAACCUUGAAUAAUGAAAACAAUAGUUCACCGUCGUAACAGUUUCAACAAUUGAAUAUUAUCAUACCACUUCGUAAAUUUUACGUAUUUAAAUUCUACUGACGAUGUUAAUUAUAUUAGUAGUCAGAAUUUCAAUAUCAGUAAUACUAUAUGUAAACAAACAUAGAUUUUGGAAAUCAAGGCCAAAUUGAAUAUGCGCCGUAUGUAAUAUUGACGUGAAAUUUAUGAAAACCUUUCAAUUCUGAAUACAAAUUGUUUGCUUUGAGGAAUAUAUGUUUAAG